GAAAGCGGGGUGCUUGCUUAUCGUGGCGUGGCUUCGUGAUAAGGAUCUCUUUGUGCUUCCAUACCUCAUCUCAUCCAGACCUUCACAUGAAUCGCUUCCCCAAUAAGGAUAUCUGACCUGUCAUCGGUCUGUCGAUUCAGGAAUCUAUUAUUACUUCGAGUCAAUUUACCAUUUACUUUGGCAUCUUCUUGGUUCGGAAACUUUAUUCGUGAUCGUUUAGAGGGGUCUACACCGCUACGGAUUUUAUAUAUCUUCACAAAGUCCUAAUCGUGUUUUAUAUACAUUUUCGGCCAGGUUUUUCUCUGUGGGGUUCUUGCAUCUGGUACAGGAAGUAUAGGAAGUAUACGGAGUGGUAUGAUAGAGACGGAUGAAAGAGGAAUCGCGCAUUGUGGUUCGAUAUCGCGUGGUUUCCGUCGAGGUUGUCUGAUCGUCUGAUAAAGGAUUUGAGAGGACGAGAUAUAAACCGAUCCUCUGCUCAAUUUCUCAAGUUAUCUUCUCUUAAGCUUCAUUUCAAUUUCUUCCCAUUCUUCCCAUCCAACAAAAAAAUAAAAUGCCCCCUAGAAUGGGAAUCAAUGUCCUUCCCAACGAGGUACGUCCCAUCCCAACACAACCCCACCUCCCCCAAACAACCUAACACCCACCUCAGAUCCUCCACACAAUCCUCUCCACCUUCACCACCCGCACCAUCCUCCCUCUCACCUCCACAUCCCAUCGUUUCCACGCCCUCAUCCUCCAGAUCCUCAAAUCGCGCCUGCUCCACGCGGCCGCCCAUCCAAAUCACAAGCUGAUCCUCGAAUGCUACCAUCCCAGCGCGAAGUUCUACACCCCCUAUCUGUUCUGCGAGUACCUCUCUACCCCAGGACUUUCUCUCUCCUCCCCUUCCUCUUCUUCCGGAACGCACCCACCCACCCACCAACCCAAACCCAGCGAAGAGAGCGGACUAGCAAACCUCUCAACCCUCCACUCCUACUUCCGUCCCAUCAAACCACUCUCCCACCGCCGAAAAGCCCUCCCCUCACACCCCGCAGGCCUCGCCGGAGACGAGUGGCCUACCCCCCAACCAUUGGGAUUGAGCGAUAAGCAUGAGAGGUUCGUGUGUCAGGAUAUCCAUCUCGAGUCCCAUGAGCUGUUUAGUCAGUUGGUUACUUCUGUGAAUCUCGUGAAGAUCGAUCCGAAAUCGGGGGGGUUCGUGUGUUCGGCGCCGGUUGGGGAGGGGCUGGUGAGGGUUUGGAGGUGGUGGUUGGGUGAUGCGAAGACAAAAGGUGAGGCGGGAUUUGGAGGUGCGGAAGCGGAGGGGGAAGUGGAGGGGAGGGAAAGUAGGAUUCUUUGGGGUGAUUCGAAAUCUGAUAUUGGUCUCGUCAUGGGUGUUGAACAGAUUCCUGUUCCUGAUCUUCAGCAAGGGGCGGGGACGGGGAUGGGGGUUUUGGACAGAGAAGAUCCACCCGUUAGUUAUACACUCCGCUAUGAGGGGUUGGCCAUUAGGACGGUGCGGAUACUGUUGCAACUUGAGGAUGCUCUAGGACGGGAAGUUGGGGAGAGGAAGGCGAUUGUUAUGGCGUGGAAGAGGUGAGGGGUGGGUUUGCGUUUGGAUGGGAGGUUUUUGGUUUGGGAUAGUUGGUUUUGGGAUGGUGGGAGGAUUGGGUGAUAGGGUGAUGGAUGAUGGAUGAUUAGAUGAUGGAAUAGGAUUAUACAACAAUGGAAUGAGUACUGCUAAGAGAAAAUUUACU